AUGAGACGGGUCAUAUUCCUGCAAUUUUUACUUGGAGUUUUGGUCUUGUUGAGUUCUUCCAUCGUGAGGGCUGAAGACCCGUACGUAUAUGAAACUUGGACUGUUACCUAUGGUCAAGUCUCUCCUCUUGGAGUCAAGCAAAGGGGAAUCCUUAUUAAUGGGCAGUUUCCAGGUCCUACCCUUAACGUUGUAACUAAUGACAACGUUGUGGUUACGGUCAUUAAUAAGCUGGAUGAUCGUUUGCUCUUAACAUGGAACGGUGUGAAACAAAGAAAGACCUCAUGGCAAGAUGGAGUUCUUGGUACAAAUUGUCCAAUCCCACCAAAUAGCCAAUGGACCUACAAAAUGCAAAUGAAAGAUCAAAUUGGAACAUUUACAUAUUUUCCAUCCACUUUAAUGCAUAGAGCUGCGGGUGGUUUUGGAGGAUUUAACAUAUUAGCAAGGGUUGUUAUUCCAGUCCCAUACCCAAAACCUUUUGAGCAAUUCACUGUGCUUGUUAGUGACUGGUGGAAGACGGAUAACAAGGUAUUGCAGCAAAGGUUAGACCAGGGGAAAUCUUUUCCUCCUCCAGAUGCUCUGCUCAUUAAUGGACGACCUAAUUCUCUUAAGUUCACCGGCUUGAAAGGAUACACAUACUUAUUUAGGGUGUCGAAUGUGGGAUUAACAACAUCAAUAAACUUUAGGAUCCAAGGUCACUCGUUAAAGCUGGUGGAAGUGGAAGGAUCACACACAAUGCAAGAAGUGUAUGAAUCCUUGGAUAUUCAUGUUGGCCAAUCCAUGGCUUUUCUGUUGACUUUACAUGCCAAACCCAAAGAUUAUUUUAUUGUGGCUUCAACUCGUUUCACUAAGCCAAUUCUCACAGCAACUGCCAUCCUUCACUAUCAAGGUUCUAAUACCCCUGCCUCAAAACCCCUGCCUAUUGGUCCUACUAAUCAUGUACAUUGGUCAAUGAAGCAAGCCAGAACCAUUAGAUGGAACUUGACGGCAAAUGCUGCGAGGCCGAAUCCACAAGGAGCAUUCCAUUAUGGGACAAUCCCAGUGACAAGGACAUUAGUACUCGCAAAUUCUGCUGGCAAAAACAAUGGAAAGAAACGUUAUGCUAUAAAUAAGAUCUCUUACAUCAACCCAGACACUCCAUUGAAGCUUGCUGACUAUUUCAACAUUCCUGGAGUUUUUCAGCUGAACAAAAUCAGCGACAAUCCUCCACGUGGGGCAAUGGUUCUUGCCACUUCUGUCUUUAACUUCACUCUCCAUGACUUCGUCGAGAUUGUCUUCCAGAACAAUGAGAAUUCUGUCCAGUAUUAUCACCUUGAUGGCUAUGAUUUCUGGACUGUCGGGUAUGGGCCUGGCGUGUGGAACACAACAAUGAGGAGAAGGUACAAUUUAGUGGAUGCCACAACCAGAUACACUAUUCAGGUGUAUCCAAAUUCAUGGAGUACAAUAUUGGUGUCAUUAGACAACAAAGGAAUGUGGAAUUUAAGGUCUGCAGUAUGGCCAAGGAGAUACUUAGGACAGGAAACAUAUUUCAGAGUAUGGAAUACCGAACAUAGCCUUUACACCGAGUAUGAUAUUCCACCAAAUGCCCUUCUCUGUGGCAAGGCCAAACACUAGCACUAGGAGAUGUUUACGUCAAUUCACUCAGUUGAUGCAAUCGCUCUCCUUUUUCUUUUUCUUCUCUCUCUUUUUAAUUUCCCCCAUUUUCUGAUUCAGUUGCGAGGGUGUGACUGUAAAAGAAGUACAUUUAAGAAGAGGGGAAGUUCUUAUAG